AUGAAGAGUGUUUCAAAGAACAAGUUCUUAACAUGUUUCCGUCCCGUCGAUUUCGAUACUAUGCUCGAUGAAUCUGAAGAUGUCAAUAUCACCUAUCCUUCUACUAAUCGUCGUAAACACGAGACACAAAAUCCAGCAAGCAGUUUGAUACAGAAUCAGGUUGUUGAUCAUCCUCCAAAACAAACACUUGCUAAGGUGAUUAAAGCUGUGGUGUUUCAAACCAUAUUGAAUACAAGAGCUCACAAGAAAAAACGUUAUAGUCAAAAUUGUUUCGGAUCAAAGCGUAAUUAUUCAUUACAUACAAGAACUUCAUCAUCAUCUUUCAAGACUAAUAUUGAAGAAAUCAAGGGAAUUGAAUCGUCUUUGUCAAGUUCUUCAUCUUCUCCAUGCUCGCCGGUAUCUGAAUCAAAGAGUUUAUCAAAGUCCAAUGAAUGUCAACUAGAGAAGAAACAAAGGUUUCAAUGCCUAGGAAUAUACAUGAUGAUUCUCAUAAGCUUAGUAGUGACAAUUUUUUGUGGUAAAUUUAAUGUCAUUAUUUUGACAUUAAUGUUUUUCUGUUGUUUCUCUCUUUGGAACACAAGCUCUAAUUGGCUAAAUUUUUUUGACAUAGGUUGUGAAAACACAACAUCUUUAGCCAAAAAGAAAAAAAAUGGUUGA